GAGUUACUUAACGGGCUAAAUUGUUUUCGUAACCGACACACUUAACUGUCAUUAUUUCACACAAACACUGAAGUUGAUAACAGAGUACAACUAGCAACAGAACAGUAUGAAGGGCUUUUGCCUGCUCUGUCUGCUAUAGAUAUCCAACAGAUAUAGUAAUGGUUCAGAAGUAACUUUAUAAACCAGUUGGAGUCAUCUCUCUUGUCUUUAAUAUUCUAAUCUUUUCGGUAAUUUUAACGAAAAUCGUUAGAAUUUCUAUCUUUUCCAUUUUGAGAGUAAAAUCUGCUUUAGAAUAUAUGGUCGUGUAACUCGCUGUUUGUAAUAUUUUGUCAGCCACAAGGUGUAAAUGGACAAGCUUUAAUUAUUCGAUUCCAAAAACUGAAAUCUAAAGGGUCGGAAAUUCGGAUUAACUUACUAUUGGACAUUUGUCAUUUCCCCACUGAAAAUACGUAGUGGCAGACGUACUUUAGCGCUAAAAGCCCGCCUCUGGGGAAAGAGUUAACUUUACCCUACUUAUUGAAAAAUUAUCAGUUCAACACUACCUAAUAUUAUUUUUUUAUCUAUUCAUUUCCUGGUAGCUAAGCGGAAAUUUUACAAGAUUAGAAAAAUACUAUUCAGAUAUUUCAAACAGUAAUUAUAUCUUCUAACUAGCCAAUCCAUUACAUAAAUACGGAAAGUAUUUUAAAGAAUCACAACAAAUAAACGUGUAUAUGAAUUAAAUUCCACGGAAAGUUCAAUUAUCUAAUUGUUCUUAAAGAAAAUAAAAACUUCGCCAAAUUAAAGUGAGUCAUAAGGUGUGUCCACGUCUCUUCCGGUCAUAAGGGAGUAAGAAGACGAUUUGUUUAUUGUGACCCAUUCGCAUAUUUGCAGUGUGUACACGUCUUAACCCAACCGUUGUAUCGAAGUUGCUGAUCACGGAUACAUAACACAGGGUUUUCAGCAUUACUGAGGUAGUUCCAUUGUCCAAGUGACAAUCUAAGAAUAAGAGUAUGGCUGAUAGGCAACCAAAGCUGUUUGUGCUGAGCGUUGCAUUUUUUGCUGCCUUCUUUAUUCAGGUGCCAGAAGUCUUAACUUCAGAAGCCUUAACUUCAACCUCUAUUGUGAUUUCUGCCUCUGUUAAUGCAUCUACUGUAGAGGUCAGAUUUGCUGACAAUGAUACUGUACUAUCUGACACCAUAGUAGUUAUCAAUUCAACCUCAAUUACAAUUAAAUGGCUUCACCCCGGAACUUUGUACAAUAUUAGUGUGGUUAAUUCAUCACUUACUUGGGAAUUGUCCACACGACCCUUAAAACCAACUAGCAUAACAAAACGUGUUACUGGAACAAAUGUUACUAUUGAAUGGAAAUUUGACAAUCAGAAAUCUGGUAGAGAUGAAUGGCUAAUUAAAUACGGAAGUGAAAAUGAAAUCAAUUACACUGUAAACAGUAGCUUGCAAAGCAUACAAUUAAAAUUGUCAAAGGAUGGUACAAAGUAUAACGUGGAAAUAUGGACUAUAGCUAACAAUGUGUUAAGUGACACAUCCUUGAAUACAUCUUUUGUUACUGAUCCUAAUGCUCUUUCUAAUGCUGCUGUGAAAACUAAUGGAAGAAACAUUACAGUUACUUGGGUAGAACGUCCAUCAUUUACAUAUACUGCUUGUUUAACAAAUGUGCCCAUCUGUUUGGAAAAGGAAAACACAAACACACAUACAUUUACGAAUCUGGUAGCUGGAAAAUCAUAUAAUUUAUCUAUCAUUGUACAUUCUCUUGGGAGAAACAGCAGUGAAUAUAGCAAAACUAUAAUACUCCGCAUACCUCACACUGUGUCAUUAAUUGGUCUCAGGAGUCAUGACUUAAGUCGAAAAACAACUUCAGUUGAAUUAACUUGUCUCUAGGCUAGGCAAGGUCAAAUUUACUUGGCUCCAGGCUAAACCGUUAAUAACCAUUCCCAAUUCUGUACUUUAUUUAUGAAUGCAUUUUCAAUAAUACAUGGUUAAUAAAAACCUAUUUUAAGCUUACAAACAAAUUAUAUUCAUUUUUUAAUACAGUACAGUAAAAAAAUAGUAAUCUAAAUUUAUGAAUACAAUUUGGUGAUGUUUACCGCACAUCGCGGACACUUUAUUUAUGAAUGCAGUUUG